CCCGGACCCUGCAUUCACUAUAUCUGGUCUCCCACAGUAUACACAACAUGGAAGUGCAAUUAUUGUAGUAAAUAUAAACUGCUAAAUACCUUUUCUCAUCAGCAGUUAGAGCAGUCUUUUGAGUUCAGCAGAGCACUGGUUAAACCUUGUAGGAGGAGUUUUCUUUCUGCUCUAGGAGGGUGCAAAACCCCUGACCUCUGUCUGGACAGUGCUGAUUGGCCCUGCACUGAUCACAUGCACUCUCCCAAGAAAAAAAAAAAUCCUCUCUAGCAAUACACACUAAACUGCACAUAGUUACUCCACUCAGGAGAUAAGAGGGAGACACUGGAAGAAGGGGAGGAUCAGAGAAGACAGGAUCAAACAU